GAGAGAGCGAGGUGUGGACAAAGAAACUGAAGGCGAAGGCGGUGGCUUCUUAUUAUAUUUUGUUUUCGUCGUCUUUUGACUUUCGUCGUUCUCUCGCUCGGUCGCGGCGAUCGCGCGCGCUUGGAUGGUGGUCUCCACCAACUGAGGGGGCUCCUGAAGGCCGGAUCAGCGUCGCCGGUGAGGUGCUCCGGCGGCGUCCGCGGGGGAAUGCCGGGAUCCCGGCGAUCGGGCUGCACUCUCUGAUGAUAGCAGCGGUUUGCUCUUGAUCCCUUGCCCUGCGCUGGCAUCGGUCCCUGGCUGCCGGAUCCGCGCCUCCGGCGAGCCCGAUGUUCGAUCGGGUAGUGUUUUCGCCCGUCGCUCGUGGGGCGUGAUCUCUGAUCGGUAGAAGAUUGGUUUAAGCUAAGGAUCGAGUGUAGAGAAAGGUGAAUAUUUCUGUGGGAAAUGGUUGGCAUUCUGGUGAAAUGUCAUUUCUGAUGGAGAGUGUUGUUUUGAUUCUGGGGUUCUUGUUCAGAUCUGGAGAUCUGGCGGUUCUCUGCUGGUUUAGAUGAUGGGUAUUGGUGAAUGGAUAGUAUGGUGAAAUGGAGGUGACAUUUUUUUAGGUGCAUUUGCUUUCAUCCGGUGAUCAUUAUUGCGAAUUGCUGAAAUCCUGGCUCCAGAUGUUCUUCUGAGGAAGUAUUGUUUUGGGCAUCAACAGCUUAUCACUUGUUUGUCUCUUCAUAUCUCUCUUCAGUUUGUGGGCAAUCGCAAAAUUGAUGAUGUUUCUAAGCUGUUUAAGUGAAAAGUCACAGAGAGAAAAAGAAAUGCAAGAUUGCCAGUCAGCAACCAUGGUUGAUUCUCCGGGAUAUGCACUUUCACAACUUGUCAGAUCCUUUGAUCAGGAGUGUGGUUCUUUUCAGAAGUAUAUUUUGACUUACCUGCUGUUGACUAAAGAAGGAAACUUAUUGAGAGAGGUCGGAAGAAAUUUAUAUGAGGAAGAGUUGUACAUGCCUGGUCUUGAACAUACAGAACUGAAGAAGAAGAGACCUGCUGCGAAGUCACAGCCUGGAAGUGAUUACAGUGAUCAGAGGUCAAGUGACUGUCUCCUUCCGGGGCUUCAUGAUGAUAUUGCAUUAGAUUGUCUGGCCUGGACAAGUAGGUCUGACCACCCAUCACUUGCGUGUGUGAAUAAAAGAUUUAAUUUGUUGAUCAAUAGUGGAUAUAUUUACAAAUUAAGGAGACAACUUGGUAUUGUUGAGCACUGGGUGUACUUAGCAUGUAGUUUGAUGCCUUGGGAAGCAUUUGACCCAUUUAGGCAGAGAUGGAUGAGGUUACCAACAAUGCCAUGUGAUGAGUGUUUUUGGUAUGCCGACAAGGAGUCUCUUGCUGUAGGGACACAGCUUCUUGUCUUUGGUCGAGAAUUAACAGGUUUCGCUAUUUGGAUGUAUAGCUUAGUGAGACGUGAUUGGUCUAGAUGCCCACUGAUGAACCUACCUCGUUGUCUGUUUGGAUCUGGCAGCUCUGGAGAAAUUGCUAUCGUUGCUGGUGGAAGUGACAGGAAUGGCCAUGUAUUAAAAUGUGCCGAGUUGUACAAUUCAGAGUUUGGCAGUUGGGAAACUUUACCAGAUAUGAAUUUGCAGAGGAGAUUAUGUUCUGGAUUUUUUAUGGACGAUAAGUUUUAUGUCAUAGGAGGCAUGUCAAGCCAUACGGAUUCUUUAACUUGUGGUGAGGAGUAUAACCUUCGAACACGGACGUGGAGGAGAAUCAGAAAUAUGUACCCUGGAGGUAACAGGGCCACUCAAUCUCCCCCUCUGGUUGCAGUUGUAAAUAAUCAGCUCUAUGCGGUUGAUCAAUCAACAAAUGAAGUUAAGAAGUAUGAUAAGGCAAAUAACACAUGGAAUGUUGUAAGGCCACUGCCUGUUAGAGCUGACUCUUCUAAUGGUUGGGGCCUUGCAUUCAAGGCCUGUGGUGACAAGUUAUUGGUGAUUGGUGGUCAUAGAGGGCCUCAAGGUGAGGUCAUAGUCCUGCACUCCUGGUGUCCUGAGGAUGGAAAUACUGGCGGAGCAGAGUGGGACAUUCUUUCUGUCAAGGAACGGGCCGGUGCUUUUGUUUACAAUUGUGCAAUAAUGGGCUGUUGAGGCAAUUAUGGACAUGCUAGUUAUGAAUCAGAGUAGAUGGGAGGGCCAUUGCCUCAUUUAAUUGGUGAAGUUGGCUUAUGUUUACUGGAUAUUUUCCAUUUCAAGUGUUUACAUUAACAUGUAUUUAUCAGAUGUCUCAUUUUUUGCUCUUUAAAUUAAGGUCUCUUGGAGGCCAACUAGAUCAUUGACUUAAUGAGAAGGCUUCUUAUUUACAUUUUCUAA